AUGGACGUUCUACUAGACGACCUGGCAGGAUGUCUGUCAGACUCAGAAGUUGGUAAGAGCAUCAUGAGUGAUGUACUUCAAUCCCGAACUACGUACGAAGAUUACUUUUCGUCACAACCACAACCAGGCAGCAUUGUAGAGGAUAUUGCAGAAGUUGAGGCCGAGAUAUCAACAUUAGAAAGGCAAUUACGGGGCAUUCUUACCGAUCACAAGGAUGAACUGUUUGAUCUACUGCUUAAAGACCCCAUUGAGUCACAGUUGUCAUCUAUGCUACUGGAAAUGGACCAACUUUGGGAACUCGAGAAGAAAGAGGCAGGCUUAGAUUCAGAGGGGGAAGCCGACAAGGACAAUACUGGGCUAGAUAUAACUGACGGAAACGAUACGCAAGCACAGGAGGACGCAUUCCACGUGGCGCUAGAAAAGUUGAAACGUCAUGCUAGUAAAACGGCAUCAGAAGACGAUGGCUUGGCCGUGGUAUUGGCAAACUUGUCAAGCGUUAACGAAAUUUUGGAGCUGCCAGCGCUGGUCGCGACAUGCGUCAAGACGGGCCAUUACCAGGAAGCUUUAAUGUGUCAUUCACACGCCCGUGGCCUCAUUCUCAAGUUCCCUAAUGUCGGGAUUGUACAAGAGCUUGUUAGUACGACCACGAAGGAAGUUACUACGACAAUGCUACAGGGUCUAGUCAAACUGCUAAGCACUAACCUAAGCGUAAACGCUAUGAAGAAAAUUGUCACGUAUCUUUCGUCCAUUCCCCCAUUCUCCGAUAAUCGAGCCGCAUUACUACAAGUGUUCCUCACUAUGCGGUAUCAAUUUGUGUGUUCCGAAAUUAAGUCGUAUCAAAUAGACGAAAUUUCGACGCAGACUAUCACCGAAAUGCUCGUCAAGCGGAAGAUUGAGGUAGUGAGAGAGCACGUCUACAGUUCGCUGGUCGUUUUUCCAUCCAUGUUCGAUUUGUCUACCGAACCGGUUGUAAUGCCGCUUUUUGGAGAGAAAAAACCUCCAAUUGCUACCAAUGUUAGUCUCUUAGUGUAUGUUGAACAAUGCACGGACGCUCUGUUGUCUGAAUUACUCCCUCAUAAGUCCGGACUGUCCGAUUCUGUGUGUCUGCAGCUCGUAUACUGUGCAUUCCGUCUAGCAGACAGCAACCAAAAUUACUAUCAUCUGUUUCUGAAUAAAAUAUGGGAAUCUGGCGCAUUCUCCCUCACACAACUGCAGAAUGCCAUGGAGAAGAGACGCGAGUUGGCCAGCAAGUACUACUAA